AUGCUCGACUUGUCAUUUGAAUUCAAGGCCUUGGGAGCAUUGGUCGCUCUCGUUCUGGCGGGCGGUUUUCUUCGCACUAAGAUACGAUCAAAAUCACGCUUGCCUCUUCCUCCUGGGCCUCCUGGACAUUGGCUGUUCGGAAACGCGCUACCAAGAGCCAACCAAUCUCAGCAGUUUGCUGAAUGGAUUAAUACCUAUGGACCCAUCAUCUCACUCCGGGUCGGGCCCAAAGUCAUGGUCAUCAUCGGCAGACAUCAGGAAUCUGUUGAUAUAAUGGAGAAAGAAGGUGGUCUGUUAGCAGACCGCCCCCGUGCAGUUGCAGCAGGAGAGAUCCUGUCUCGCGGGCUACGAAUGAUCCUUGCACCUGCCGGAGAGCAGUUCCGGAGACUUCGCAGGGCCGCACACACUCACCUUCAAGCGAAGGCCGCAGAAUCCUAUGCCCCUAUCCAGAUGGACGCAGCUCGUGAUGUCAUCCUUGACAUCCUUAAUAACCCUAAAGGACACCAAGCAGCGGCGAAUCGCUAUGCUGCUUCUGUCAUCUUGCGCGUCACGUAUGGCAAGUCCACGCCCACCGCCACAGAUGCUCCCGAGAUCAUCGUCAUCCAAAAAAUGCUCAAGCGCUUCCAGAUGCUCAUGCGACCUGGCGCGUUACUCAUAGAGCGCUUGCCAAUACUCAAAUACGUCCCGGGAUACACAACCGAGUUGGAGGAAUGGAGAAGGGAAGAGAGUCAGCUCUUCCAUGACCAACUUGAUCGUGUCUCGAAAGAAUUGGCGACCGGUAAAGCUGGCCCCUCAUUUGCGCGAUACCUUCUUGAGAACCAGUCUUCGCACAAGCUCUCAGACCAAGAGAUGGCCUAUCUCGCUGGAUCACUCUUUGGCGCCGGCUCAGACACGACUGCUGUCGCGAUUAUGGUUGUCGUCAUGGCUUCUGCGUGCUAUCCCAAGGCGCAGGAGAAAGUACAAGAGGAACUAGAUACCGUCAUCGGUCGUGACAGGGCUCCCACAUUCGACGACUACAGUUCCCUCCCGCAGAUCGAGGCGUUCAUGCUCGAGUGUCUUCGCUGGAGGCCCGUAACAACUCUCGGAUUCGCCCACCGUGCGCUGACCGAUAUCGUAUACAAAGACACGUGUAUACCACAGGGCGCUAUCGUCUUUGGCAACCACUGGGCUAUCUCGCGCGACCCAAGCGUCUACCCCAACCCUGACAAGUUCGAUCCUGAGAGGUGGCUCAACAGUGACGGCAAGAUCCGGGAAGACCUCAAGUUCCCUUCAUUCGGUUUUGGACGCAGAAUCUGCCCCGGUCAGCAUAUUGCGAAUCGUUCGGUGUUCAUCAAUGCUGCGCUCCUCUUGUGGUCGUUCAAGAUCACACAGGACCCGGAGAACCCGAUUGAUCAAUCGGGCUUUGUGGAUGGUGUGAUUGCGCACCCCAAACCGUUUGCUGCGCGCUUCCAGCCGCGCUUUGGGGAUGAGGCAUCGUUGAGGACCGUGAUGGCGAAGUAUGGAGAUGGGUUGUAG